ACAAUGCAAUUAAUCAAAACUAAAGAAAAUAAAGGCGAUCUCGCACUUGAAAGGGUCUGCGAGCCGCCACGUCAUGGCCGUUUCUGGUAUGUGUGGAACAUUCGAACACAGGCAAUAGAAUUAUAAGGAACAGCAGGGGAAGAAUAGAAACGAUUGAACUACUAUGUGGAAUGUAACAUCCUCUUGAGCCAUAUAUGAGGAAAAUUUUUUAGCAUCAAGAGGGUUCCUCUAAAGGAUAGAAUAUUUUUUUGGGUGUUAUUACUAGCGAGAUCCGCUAAAAAAUAAAGUGUUUUUAAAAAGAAAGAAAAAGAAGAAAUUCAGCGACCGUCGGACGGACUUGUUGCACGCAAAUUCCGGACUUCUGAUUUUCACAAAAAACAAAAUGAUAGAAAUAAAUACUUUAGGAUGGAUUGACUAUCUGGUUAUAGCGGUAAUACUGUGCAUAUAUGUUGGAAUAGGUAUAUAUUACAGAUUUAGCGGAGGGCGUCAGAAAACUACGGAGGAGUACUUUGUUGCAAGUCGAUCAAUGAGCAUCGUGCCAGUCGCUAUCGCUAUGGUAGCCUCCUUCCUAUCUGCCAUUGCACUACUCGGUAUAUCAGCUGAAAAUUACACAUAUGGAACGCAAUAUGUAGUAAUUAACGUAUCAUAUCUAUUGGGUACUUCAAUAGUAUGCUACGGAUUCUUGCCAGUAUUCUUCAAGCUCCAAGCCACGAGCGCUUACGAGUACUUAGAAAAACGUUUCGGACUAAAGGCUAGAAUAAUGACUAGCUUUAUUUACUGGAUUCAGCUGCUGUUGUAUUCAGGAGUGGUGCUUUACGCUCCUUCUAUAGCCUUAGAGGCUACUACAGGAAUCUCGAAAAUUGUCAGCAUUAUUAUUUUGGGCCUCGUGUGUGCCUUCUAUUCGAGUAUAGGCGGCAUUAAGGCUGUGCUAAUGACUGAUGUAUUUCAAAGUUUGCUCAUGUUUACCGCUGUGUUCUUAAUUAUUAGCAAAGCUGCGAAUGACGUCGGGGGCCUGGGUCAGAUCUGGGAAAUCGCGAGGCAGGGACAACGGCUCGUGUUUGAUAGCUUCGAUCUGGAUCCAACAGUAAGGCAUACAUGGUGGUCUGUUACGCUGGGUGGAUUAUGUACAUUUUUAACACUUGUCGGAGUAAACCAAGUACAUAUACAACGCAUGCUGUCUGUGAAAAAUAUGCAGGCUUCGCAAAAGGCCAUGUGGCUAUCUUGGCCCAUUACGACACUUCUCAUAACCACUACUUGCUUCUCAGGAUUGGCGAUAUAUAGUAAAUAUUAUAAAUGCGAUCCAAUUCUUAAGAGAAGAAUUAUUUCAACUGAUAUGCUUAUGCCAUUGUAUGUUAUGGACACAAUGUCCACUAUUCCUGGUUUACCAGGCCUCUUUGUUGCAGGUAUUUUUAGCGCAGGCCUCAGCACGAUUUCUGCGGCGUUAAAUUCUCUGGCGGCAAUAACGUUGGAGGAUUACCUGAAACCCUUAUAUAAAAAGUGCAUUGGACAUGAAUUUUCCCCUACAAAAUCAGUCUACAUUGCUAAAGUGUUUGCUUUUACAUUCGGUAUUAUUUCCAUUGUUUUGGCGUUUUUAGCUCAAUUUUUGGGUGGAGUACAUCAGGCUUUCUACUCUAUUAUCGGAGUAACUGGCGGUCCGUUGUUAGGCAUUUUUAUGCUUGGCAUGGGCACGGAAUCGGCGACAGAAGGUGGUGCGAUAGCUGGUGUUCUCACGGCGUUUUUAUGUUUAUCUUGGAUCGUCUUCGGUGGGUCUCACCCGAUACCAUCUAAAUUGCCAAUUACUAUUGAAGGCUGUGAUAAUAAUAUUACAAAUAUGACAAUAUCUGUCACCAGCUCUUACAAAAAUACCGACGACAGCUCAUACUUCUAUUUGCAUCGCAUUUCAUACAUGUGGUAUUCCCCCCUCGGAUUCUUAAUAACGUUCUUUUUUGGACUGCUUAUUAGCAAUCUGUCUCGUUUAUUUAUCAAGAAUCAAAACAACGAGUUAGACAUUAAUUUAUUCUUUCCCAUGAUAGCGCGACGUAUACGUUCUAGGCGAUGUAAUAUCAUAACAAACGAAGAAAAUUCAUUGUUAAACAGAAAGUAUUCUUUCAGCGGCGUAAUCCACGGGGAAGACGUACGUUGCCGCCCAUAAAAUCUGUGCAAAACUCUAAUAUUUUAAUUGAAAUUUUUUAUAUUAAAUUUUUUAAAGUGUGACAUAAAUAAAAAUAUGUAUUU